AUGCAAACACUGCCAGUUAUUUCCAACUUUUUCUCGCCUACGCAAAAGACACCUUUGAUUAUUAAAGGGGGUGCAAUUUUUCUUGAAAAUACAACUUUUAAUGAUUCGGCGGGAUCUAAUUUUAGCUAUAAUUCUGCUCUUGAAGGUGGUGUGAUAUAUUGCAAAGACUCUUCGAAGAUUACAGUUAGAAACUCGACAGCAUAUUCCCUGGGGGGUUUUAUUUACCAAAAUUCAACAGAUUUAACAUUACCUAAGCCUUAACCUGAUGAUGAUUACAAUAAGGAUAGUAGUAGUAUCACUUUUGAUUAUCUUUACCCUUUCAUUAAGAUUCUUGAUAAAUCUAUGAUCAGAUAUACAUAUGCAACAUAGCACGGUGGAUCAUAUUACAUUUAAGCUAAUUAUUCUGAAAUUUAUAUAUAAGGAUAGGUGAAUCAAAGUGAUUCCUAAACAAUUGUCUCAGGAAGUCAUGGAGGUAUUAUGAGAAUUAUUUAGGCAGAUAAACUAUUCAUUUCAGAUUCAUAUUUCUAGCUGUAUAGUUCAACUAAUGGAUCUGUAGUUGCAGCAAAUUGUCCUAGACUUAGUGUUUUCAUUAGAAAUAACUAAUUUGAUUAAAAUAAAAAAUUCUUUGCAAUUGUUGCUGCUUCUUUAUUUACUGGAGACCUAACAACUGGAGCUAUAGCUAUAGAAAGCAGCAGGAAAUUUAUGACAUAGAAUAAUACCUAUUAAAAUCAUUUCUAUCCAAGAGAGGGAGGCGUUAUUUAUUCCAUCUCUAAUACUUUUGAAGAUUUCAAUUCAACUUAUCUGUAUAAUAUGGGGGUUCAUGGAGGAGUAAUGAAAUUUCUUAAUAACUUAAAUAUAAAAAUAUCUAAUUCUACCUUCAAGCACAAUAGAGCCUACGGUUAUGGUGGUGCCAUUUACUUGCAUAAUAUUACUAACGAAUGUAACAUAGAAAAUGUUUCAUUCUAUAAUCAUUCUACCACCAGUAUAGGUGGAGUCGUAUAUUUCAUCUAAGAUUUUACUCCAUUUGUCGUACGCAAUGCAAGUGUAUUAAGAAUGAGAUAAAUAAAUGUCACGUAUACUUAUGGAUUGAAUGCUGCCUUUGGUUUUUUUAAUGGCUUUAAUUCAACGAUAAUAAUAGAAAAAUCGUUUUUUAAUAUGACAAUGGGGAGUUAGUAUAAUGCUAUCCAAAUUACUAGAGCCGCUAAUUUUAUAAUAAAUGAGAUAACUGCCUAUAAUUUUUUUUCUGGGCUUGAUUCAGGUUUUGUAUAUGCGAGUAACAUUACUGAAGUACUUCUUUUCAAUUAAAGCACUGUGAUAUGUAGAGAGCCAUAUUUUAGAUAAUAAAAAUCAAAUUCUUUUUCAAUUGGAGGAGGAUCUGCAUCUGAGAGUUUUAAUUGGAGACAAAUGGUAACACUCUAGAGAGUAUUCUCCUUAAUUUCUGUUUAAUUCAGCGUAUUUUCAUACAAUAAAUUUAGUGGUUGUGAUCUCUAAGGUGCCAAAGAUGCAGGAAUAGUUUCAGUAAGAGAAUUUUCUUUUGCAACAGUAGAUUUUUCAUCAGAAUAUAAUGACAUUACUAAUACGAUAAAUGGAAUACACUUUCAUAAUGGUACUAAGGUCUAUAUCUCAAAUGUAACAUUUAGCAAUCUAAAUUGUUAAUCAGGAUUGGUAACCACUAGCUAAACAAGUGUUCAUAUAAUAAAUUCUACUGCUGAAAAUAUUAUAGCCAAAGAUGGAGGACUACUUAACUUUAUAAAGUUGAUUUAUUUAUUGCCCAGUGCAGCUAUUGAUACCUCUAUCACUAAUACGACCAUUAAAAAUAUUACUUUGACAGGAAGAGGUGGAGUUUUAUUUUCAGAUAGCUAUUCUCUUAGAAAUAUAAAAUUAUAAUCUCUAGACAUUAGUGAAAUCAAAACUGGAGGUACAGGGGGAAUAGUGCAUUUAGAGUAAUAUUAGGGAAUUUUUAAGGCAGGCUCUAGAAGAGGAUACAGAAACUUUAAAGCAGUUGAUUUUUAUUCAGCAAUCGGAGGUUAUUUUAUCCACUCUUAAUCUUAGAUCUCUAGAUUUGCACUUAACAAUACAUAUCUUUAAUGCUAAGCAGAGGGAGUUUCCAAAAUAAGUAGAGGCUUGAAUAAUACUGAGUAAAGUGGAGUUAUCUAUCUGGCUGACUCUAUAAAUGGACUCUAAAGCUAUAAUGUAACAAUCACAAGAUGUCAGCUGCCUUACUAAGGUCCUAAAAUUAAUUUGAUUAAUACAACUUUUAUUGACUAUGGAUCAACCUUCAAAUUGAAUAAUGGAAGUUUCGGAGCAGUAGUUAAAUGUAAUGCCUGCAAUAUAACAAUGAAAAACUCAAUAUUCGAAGACAAUUACAGUCAAUUCGGGUAGAUUUUUCUUGAUAAUUAAGUUAAUGCCUUAUUUGAAAAUAUAACUGCAGUAAAUAGCAUAUCUUAAGAUGGAGGUGUUUUUUACAUGACUAAAUCAACUUAAACUGAUGGUUAAUAUUCCUAUGUAACUAUAAAAAAUUCUGAGAACAUAUUUAACAACAAAGCAAUAAUCAGUGGAGGAUUUUUAUUUAUCGAUAACAUUAAUCUCAAGUUAAGUUUAGAAAAUGUUUAAGCUUCAAAGUAAAGUGCUGAUGCUGAAGGUGGAUUGAUAAUAGUAAAGAAUGCAUUGGAGAUAAAGAUUUAAAAUUCAAUAUUCAAAGAUAUUUCUUCUAAUUUAGGAGGUAUUAUAUCCUCUGAAUCAUCCUCUGUUUCUUUCUCUAUUAAAUCAACUCAAUUUACUUGUGAUUCUACUUUAACAGAUACUGAAGCCAUUGAUAAAUUUAACAUGACCUCUCCAGAGGUAUAUACUCAAAGUUACUUUUUCAUUUAAAAUGCUAGAAAUGUAUCAAUAAAUAAAAGUAGCUUUGCUAAGUGUACAAAUUCCUAGUUUGGGCUAUUUUCUUUACAGAAAACAAGGUUUUACGAUUAUAAAUCAACAUUUUAACUCAACUCUGGUUUCUAUGGAAGUAUUAUUAAUAGUUAGGAAACUUAGAGCAUGCUUUAAUUUUCUUAGAUUUCAAACAAUAUGGCAGAUACUGGUGGAGUAUUUUACAUUGUAUAGUAUUCGAAUAUUUCAUUGGAAUACUGCAAGAUAAAUUCUAAUUAUGCAAAGAUUUCUGCUGGAGUAUUAUAUUUAUCUACUCUUUCAAAUGUUCAUAUCAAAGGAUCAGAUAUUUCUUAGAAUCAAGCCACUGAAAACUCAGCAAUUGAAAUCUUAAGUUCGAACACAAAUAUGAAUAUUACAAUAGUGAAUUCCUUUAUAAAUGAUAACUUUGCUCAAAGAAAUACUAUCUCGCUGACUUAAGCAAGUGUCUUGAUAGAAAACACUCAAUUCAAGAAUAAUAUUGCUUUUUAAAGAUCUAAAAAUAUUAUCUGUUCCUUUUCCAAUAUUACUAUCAAGGAUUCAAUCUUUUAAUCCAACGAAGAUUAAAGCUCGAAUUUGAUGAAUAAGGAAAUUACUGGGUCUUUUAUUUUCUUGAUAUUCGAUGUAAUCAUAUAGAUAGAAAAUUCUAAAUUUAAUGGUGGCUCAUCUAAUUUAGGUGGAGCUAUAUACGUUUCUGGAGAUAGUACAGUUAGAAUAUACAAAUCAGAUUUUUUAAAUAAUUUUUCAAGAAUCAAGGGAGGUGCUAUUUAUGCCUCUACUUUUAAGAGUAUCUAUAUUGGGUAAUCAUCUACUUUCUCAAAUAAUUAAGCAUAAAAUAGUGGAGAUGACAUUUUUGUGACUAAUAGCUACAAUUUAGUAACAUUUGAUUAUGUUAGCAUCAUUAAUGGUCUAGCUAAGUAGUCAAUUUUUAUUGAGCAAGCUUAAGUUUACGCUAAUAAUUUAAUCAUUUAAAAUGUGGGAUAAAAUUAGUUUUCAUAAUAAGGGGCUGGAAUAUACUGUGCACAGUGCUUUUCGAUAUAAAUACAAAAUUCAAACUUUAAGAACCUUAAGAGUUCUUCUGGAGGAGCAAUAUACAUAACUGAAUCAGAAUUUAACAAGGACAGCAGUAGCUCAAUUAGUAAAUCAAAAUAUCAAAUCAUAAAUUCAACUUUUGACUCGUGUUUAGCUUAAAUCGGAGGAGCUAUUUAUGCUUCAAAUCCCGAAUCACUAGUAAUAUCUGGAUCGAAUUUCCUUUAUAACAGAGCUACAAAAUUUUAGAAAAAAUAACUUCAGCUAGAAUUAGCAGGAUCAGGAGGAGCUUUAUAUCUAACUUGUAAUAGCUAAGUACUUAAUUGCCUCUUUAUGUUUCAAGAAUCGAAUAAAUUUACCGGCAAUUUGGCAUCAGUUAGAGGAGGCUCGAUAUAUUGGGAUGAAUUAGAACCAAUCUAUCAAGCAGAAAAAAUGAUAUUUCAAGGUAAUUAUGCAGAUUAAUAUGGAGAUGACAUUGCUUGUUUUGCCUAAAAUUUAGGAGCUAUUGAUAAGUAUACUUAUAAAAAAUAGAUGAUUAAAUUAGGAGUGAAAUCUUUAGAUGAAUUCGAUUAUAGGCUUUUGAAUCUAAAUAAAGAUAAUACUAGUAUAGAAUUUAAUUAAAAUUAUGCUAUUGAUUCACAAAGAAGUGGAGGUGAGAUUCCUGUCUUAUUUAUGGCAUUAAUUGACAAAUACGGGUAGAUAGUGGGUUCAGAUUUUAAAAGUAAAAUUAGAAUACAACUUCAGACUGAGGGACUAAAUGCAAAUGCAAGUAAAUAUAGUCCUAUUAUUGAAGGUAGCACUGAUUUUAUUGCUACAGGAGGAAUAGCAGUUAUUUAAGAUGUAAAUGUAGUAGGCUCACCUGGAAGUCGCUAUCAAAUGAUUUUUUCGACUAAUGGCAUUGAUUUAAAUAAGCAAUCAAAUAAGAAUCUUCUUACUAAAACUAAUACAACUGAACUUGAUUUAAAGAUAGCUAUCAAUCUUAGAUAAUGCAAAAUUGGAGAGUAGUUUACCAGCGCUGGAAAAUGUGUUGAGUGCUUAGCUGGGUACUCAUUGACUUCUUAGCUUGAACCUGGAGUUUGUACUUAAUGCCCUACUUCUCAAGCAAUAUGCUUAGGUGGUGCAAACAUAGGACCAUAGCCAGGAUAUUGGAGGAAAAAUAAUCAAACAGAAACAUUUGUAGCUUGCUUAUAUCAAUUUGCCUGCCUUGGUAUGAUAACACCAAACUUCAGCCAAGUUGGAGAGUGUAGUACAGGCUAUCAAGGUAUAUUAUGUGCUGAUUGUCAAUCUGGUUUCUCAAGAUCAAAUGAUUAUGAAUGUGCUUACUGCCCUCCUAAGAUUCUUAAUAUUUUUAGGCUUACCACUAUAUUCAUAGUCUUUAUGACUCUAAUCGUUUUUAUGGUCCGUUCAACAUUAAAUGGAGCUACUGAUAAAACUAAUUCUACAAGUAUAUAUACUAAAAUAUUACUGAAUCACUUUCAACUGUUGAUGGUGGUUGCUUCAUUUGAUUUUGAGUGGUCAUAGUAAAUAGUAGAAUUUUUCAGUACUACUUAAUAGAUAGCCACAAUUUCAACUUAAGUUUUUAGUUUUGAUUGUUUCCUUAAUGAUGGAAAGGAGGCAGUUCAUAUAAGGGCAUUUCUUAUGAAGUAAAUUAUAUUAGCUUCAUUGCCAAUAUUAUUGACAUUAGCAUGCAUUUCAUUCUGGACUAUCUUUAAAAAGAUAAAACAGUAAACUUCAACUGUAUGGAAUAAAGCAAUGUCUAGCAUUGUAAUUUUACUAUUCUUAGCUCACCCAAGCAUUGUCUAGUAUUCCUUCAGCAAUUUUAAAUGCAAAAAUAUUGAUGGUGAAAAUAGAGUGUUAGAAGAUCUUGAGAUUGUUUGCUGGGAACAAUAGCACUUAUUCUAUACUAAUUUCGUAUCAAUUCCUACAGUCUUAAUUUGGGGAAUCGGUAUUCCACUCUUUGCCUACUUAAUUCUAUUAAAGCAUCGAAUGAAACUUGAAAAUAUUGACAUGAGGUAAAAGUAUGGUUUUCUCUAUAGAGGCUAUAGAACAAAAUAUUUCUACUGGGAGAUUGUGAUCAUGUAUAGGAAGAUUGUUAUCAUAAUAAUUGCAGUAUUCAUUGGUAGUUUUGGAGUUAUUUCUUAAGCAUUAUUGAUGCUACUUAUUCUAAUAUGUUUUACGAUGUUUAAUUUCAAAAAGAAGCCAUUCAUUUCUCAGAUCUUGAAUAAUCUUGAAACACUCUCAUUAGUCACAUCAAUGGUCACUGUUUAUUGUGGAGUCUUUUUCAUUAUCAAUAAACCAUAAUCUUGGAUCAACUAAAAUCCAGACUACUCCUAAGGUGCUGUGUCUCUCUCAGUUGGAUUUUAAAGAUUCUUUUUCUCAAUGAUUUUGAUAGCUAAUCUACUCUUUUUGAUAUACUGGGCCUUUAAAUUUCAAUAAGAACUUCGAUCUAAAUUUAGAUAGAAAUUAACAAAAAUCUACUUAGCUGUAUGCUUGUGCUUUAACAAGGAUAAGCUAUAAAAGGAGUUCAAAGAAAGCAAAAUUAAAGAAGAGAAUUUGAAAUAUGAGGAUACAUUUCUAAAGUUUCUAAAAACUAUCAAGAAUUUGGGCAAGAGAAUAAAACUCUAAAUGAACAGUCAAAUUAUUGAGAGAAUGUAGAUAUAUCUAGGGGAUUAAAUGAUCAAUAAGUUAUAGAAAUUGCAAAAAGUUACUGAAAGUAGACAUGGUAGUAUUAGAGUUCAACAUAUGCCUUCUUUCAAAAUGAUGCAAUAGAAAGAGUAAAUGGAAGCAGUAGAUUAAAGAAUAGAUGAAUAAUUGCAAAGAGAUCUGACUAUAGGAACGCUUUAAUUGCCUGAUGCAGCAAGAGAUUACUCUGGAUACCUAAGCUCAAAGCAAAUAAAAAAAUCGAAGAAAUCUCAUUUAAACAAAAAGAAUAGCAAAAAGAAUCAUUAAAAUCAACUUAAACUAGAGUCAAGUUUCAAUUCAGAUUCUGAAAGCUAGAGUGUAAUAAGCUCUUUUAAAUCUAAAAACUCAACUAUUGGAAUUUCUAAAUAAGACAACCAGAAUUCAUUCAAAUCACAAAAAUUCCAUUCACCUAAUAUCACGAGUUACUUUACCUUGUUUUAAUCUGGGUUUAUGGAUAAGCCUGGGAAAACAAUUAAAAUGUCUUAGUUCAAAAGAGAUGUUACCAUUGAUUUAUCUGAAAGUGGAUCAGAAGUACUUAAUUAAGAAGAAACUUUAAUGCAAAGCUAGAAUGAUGAGGCUAUCUCAUUAUUUUAAGAUGAUAAUUUAGAAGAAAGUAAGGAAUCUACUCUAAAUCAGAUUUAUCUCAAGUCUGGCACCAAUUUAGCUUAGUAGUAGACACAAAAAUGGGUAGAUAUAGAAAAUGAAAUAAUCUAAACUUAUAAUGACAUAGUUGCAGAAGAAUAAAAGUCUGAUUUCUAACUCAUCAAAAAAGUAUCCUCUAACAAGAAACCAACUAGAAAGAAUAUUGGAUUAUAAAAUAUCGCUUCUCGAGAAUCAAUUAAUUCACAAUAAAAGUAUCUGAAUUCUUAAAAUCAUGGCUAGAAAUAAGUUAUCAGAUUCAAUUCUAAGAAAUAAAGAGUAAACAGUUAUAAGCAGGAUGAAAUUGAUAUCAAUAAAAUAUAUCUGGAAUCUGAGUAAACAGACCUAGAUCAUGCGGAAAUAGAGGAAAUCAAGGAUAUUAAAUCAGAAGAGAAACUAGAUUCUAUUAAUAAACUAUCUAAUGAUUAAAACGAUAAUGUGUAAGCUCUCUUUACAGAGUAAGUCAAUUACUCAAGUAUUGAAGCACAGAGUGAGAAAUUAGAAGUAAAAGUUAUUAGAGAGGGAUUAACAAAAGGCAAGAAAAAGAUUAGUAGUAUUAACUUCAGUAAAAGAAAUGAAACUUAGUCUUAAAUUGAUGAGAAUUAUGAUAUUAACUUACACUUCUUAAAUGGUUAAGUAGAAAGCAAAGUGACUGAUGAGAACCGUUUAUAAACUGGGGAAUUAAUAGAAUUUGAUGAUAUAGAAGGAAAUAAAUUCAACAAUGAAGAUUAAUGA